AUGUCGUGCCGUUGUGUUGCAUGCUGCUGUGUCGUGCUCGUGCUGUCCUGUGCAGAGACGUCAGCAGUUGGCUGUGAGGAGGAUGCUGUAGAGCUCUUGCAAGACUCACAUCACGAGAAGGGCUUCUUGUUUUUGGAGGCCUAUCCAAACCAGUAUGUCGCCCAAAGGCUGCACACGGGCCAAUCAGUGCAAAUUGAUGGCAAUCUCAACGAGACUGUUUGGGAAGAGGUUCCCUUCACAGAUUCUGCCUUCAAGGAUAUUGCGCAACCUCGCUUUCCAAGUUAUGUGCUGCCCUCUCAAUACGCCACUCAAGUCAAAGUGCGCUGGGAUGCAGAAUACUUGUACGUUGGAGCUUUCAUUGGUGAGCCUUGGGUUGAAACGGGCUUCGUACGAGGAUCAAAUCCCUCGUUGACCAGCAGCAACCCCAUUUACAACAGCAAUGUCCCCUACUACGACAAUGACUUCGAGGUUUUUGUGGACGUGGCGGGCAGCAACCAUUGGUACAAGGAGUUCGAGAUGAAUUUCAACAAUGCCACCUAUGAUGUCCUAUGGCGUGUGCCAGACGGCGGUUUGGGAUCAACUGGAGUUCCCUGCUGUGCCAUCACUGAUUCCUCCUGCAAAAGGUACUGCCAGAACUCCUCCUGGCCGCCCUUCGGUGGGACCUGGUCGAUGGUUCCCCACAUGAAGACGGCGACCGCCCGGGCGGACACCGCUCACGGCUGGGCCACUAAGGGCUGGACGGUGGAGAUGGCCUUUCCACUGCGCCCAAAGGAUGGCAUCGGCGGCUUGCUCUCGGCAGGUCAUGGCGCAUCGCUGGGGGAGAAGUUUGACCCAAGUCAUGGCGCCAAGUAUUGGUUGGUGGACUUUUCGCGUGCAGAGCAUCCCUUCUUCACGUCCAACUCCUCCCUCUUUGGACAGCUUUGUCCCUCAAUCCAGGCAUCUCAACCCACCUUACUGGGCAGCGACCAAUGGAGCUGUUACUGGGAAUGGGUGUGGCAGCCGGUGGGCGGGCACCGCUACAUGCACAACCCAGACACCUUCGGUUUUCUACAGUUCGCCCAGGAACGGGGAGAAGCACUUUGUGGGAAUGUGGAAUGGCCUGCGAGAUAUGUCCUGGCUCAGAUCUAUCAAGCUGAAAUAGCCUAUGUUCAAACAUGGGGCAACUACACUGAGAAUCUCUGGACCCUGCUGCGGGGCUAUUGCACUUUGGACAAUGGCUGUUCGGCUCAGAGCCUCUCCAAGGUUGGUAGCAUCUACUCACACAUCUUCAAUCUGAAGAUCCAGGUGGACGCGUCGGCCACCACCUGCGUGCGCUAUGCGGUCAAUGGCUCCGGCACCAACUACACGGGCGGCCCGUGCUUCGUGGCCUCGGUGGAGAUCGUGUGGCCCAAGUGGACGAGGCUUCAUUCGCAGGUGAAAGGCUCCAUCCGCGAGGAGCCGAAGAAACGAAGAAAUGGAAGACAGGAUCGAAGACUGAAUCGUCAUUGGUCAUUUCGGGUGUCUGUGUUUUCGCCUUUUUUCUUUCGGCGUCAACUGGGGGAAGGUUCGGGGCAUCUGAAUUUCUUGGCUGAGUUCAGGGGUGAAAUGGAACAUGGACGGGUCGAAGCUCAUAGGUGGUCAACUGGAUGGGUCGAAUACGCUUGA